GCCCCGUCGCGAGCAGGCGCGAUGCUGCGAGCGGCGCUGCGCGGCCCCUGCGCGAUCCGCCGCCCGGCCCUCGCCUGCCGGCCACUCUCCGCCGCGGCCGCCGCCGUGCCCGCUCCCAACAGGCAGCCGGAGAUCUCCUUCAACAAGAUUUUCAUCAACAAUGAAUGGCACGAUGCGGUCAGCAAGAAAACAUUCCCGACUGUCAAUCCAUCCACAGGGGAGGUCAUCUGUCAUGUUGCUGAGGGAGACAAGGCUGACGUAGACAAGGCUGUGAAGGCUGCGAGGGAUGCAUUCAAGUUUGGCUCUCCCUGGAGGCGGAUGGACGCCUCCCACCGGGGCAAGCUGCUGAACCGCCUCGCUGACUUGCUGGAAAGAGACAGAGCCUAUUUGGCGGCUCUGGAGACGCUCGACAAUGGCAAGCCCUAUUCAGUUGCCUAUCUGGUGGAUUUAGACAUGGCUGUUAAGCACCUCCGGUACUAUGCGGGUUGGGCAGACAAAUUCCAUGGGAAAACCAUUCCCCUUGAUGGAGACUUCUUCAGCUACACGAGACAUGAGCCCGUCGGGGUCUGUGGACAGAUCAUUCCGUGGAAUUUCCCGUUGCUGAUGCAGGCGUGGAAGCUCGGGCCAGCGCUGGCGACCGGGAACGUGGUGGUGAUGAAGCUGGCUGAGCAGACCCCGCUGACCGGACUGUACGUGGCCAGCCUGAUCAAAGAGGCUGGGUUCCCCCCUGGCGUGGUGAACAUCAUUCCUGGCUUCGGAAACACAGCAGGGGCGGCCAUUGCUUCCCACAUGGAUGUGGAUAAGGUCGCAUUCACUGGUUCCACAGAGGUUGGGCAUCUGAUCCAGAAGGCUGCGGCAGAGAGUAACCUGAAAAGAGUGACACUUGAGCUUGGUGGAAAGAGCCCAAACAUCAUCAUGUCUGAUGCUGAGAUGGACUGGGCUGUCGAGCAAGCACAUUCUGCACUGUUCUUUAAUCAAGGACAGUGCUGCUGUGCCGGAUCUCGAACAUUUGUCCAAGAAGACAUAUAUCAUGAGUUUGUGGAGAGGAGUGUGGAGAAAGCCAAAUCCAGGGUGGUUGGAAACCCAUUUGACUCCGAAACAGAACAGGGACCUCAGGUAGAUGAAACGCAAUACAAGAAGAUUCUUGGAUACAUCAGUUCUGGGAAAAAGGAAGGAGCCAAACUGCUCUGUGGCGGCAACCCUGCUGCAGAUAAGGGCUACUUUAUCCAACCGACCAUCUUUGGAGAAGUGCAAGAUAACAUGAGCAUCGCCAAAGAGGAGAUAUUUGGGCCAGUCAUGCAGAUCCUGAAAUUCAAAACCAUUGAGGAGGUCAUCCAAAGAGCAAAUGAGACUAAAUAUGGGCUGGCAGCAGCAGUCUUCACCAAAGACAUUGACAAAGCCAACUACAUUUCCCAGGGCCUGCGUGCAGGAACUGUCUGGAUAAAUUGUUACAACAUCUUUGGCAGUCAGACUCCAUUUGGUGGGUACAAAUUAUCUGGACAAGGCCGUGAGGGAGGAGAAUAUGGCCUGACUCCAUACAUGGAAGUGAAAACAGUAACCGUCAAAGUUCCACAGAAGAAUUCUUAAGGAACACAUGUUGUGUAUCAGAAACCAUCCAUAUAAGGUUUCAAAAACUUGAUAGCAGAAUUUACCAAGAAUUAAGUAGAGGAACCUCCUUCGUGAAGCAAAGUCUGACAACGAAAGAAGCACCUGCUGCUCACAUUUAAGAAGAAAACCUUGCCCGUAUACCUUUACUUAGCCCUCCUUCUGUACCAGAUAUCUCUAUAUUAGCCAUACAUAUUUGAAGUUCUGAAUAAAUUCUCAGCCACCCCACUGAGCCCUCUCAAAAACUUGUUACUGUGCUACACCAAUCAUGAUAAUUUGUAGUGAGUAGUGCAGGAGCAUUACAGAAACAGCAUUGUCUUAAGUACUAAAUUAUUAUUUUUUGACUAUCAAAUACUGUAAACUCAACACCUUCUGUGACUUUUAAAACAUCUUAUACAAAAUAAAGUCAAUUUCAUAAUAUA